AUGAGAAUGGUGAUGAGAAUCCCGAGCCACAGGGCCAGCAGGGGUGUGAGCUUUCUUAACCUGGUUCAGCAGCUUGUGUACCUUCCAGCAGUUUUAUUGUCGUCAAUUGGUGCCUCUGCAUCCAUCACCGUCCUAGCGUCAUCGUCAUCAUCAGAAGCAGCAGCAGCAUCAGUGAGGAUGAACCAGAGUGAGCCUCCCCUUCCCCCUCCGAUGGCGAAGAAGGUGGAGCAUAAGAUGGAGAUGUUCGGAGACGUGAGAGUGGACAACUACUAUUGGCUUCGAGACGACUCUCGCUCCAACCCCGACGUCCUCUCUUACCUUCAACAAGAGAACGCUUACACCCAAUUCCUCAUGUCCGGAACUAAGAAAUUUGAAGAUGAACUGUACGCUGAGAUGAGGGGGAGGAUCAAGGAGGAUGAUAUAUCUGCACCUGAACGAAAAGGCCCCUACUAUUACUAUCAAAGGACUUUGAAGGGUAAGGAAUAUGUUCAGCAUUGUCGCCGCUUAAUACCCAACUUUGAGGCUGAGGCCCCACUCUCUGUAUACGAUACAAUGCCCACCGGACCUGAUGCUCCUCCCGAGCAUGUAAUCUUGGAUGAGAAUAUUAAGGCUCAAAAUCAUGACUAUUAUAGCAUUGGUGCUUUUAAGGUUAGUCCAAAUAAUAAAUUGGUGGCAUAUACAGAAGACACCAAAGGAAAUGAAAUUUAUACAAUUCAUGUCAUUGAUGCUGAGACAGGUGCUCCUGUGGGACUGCCUCUAGUUAAUGCAACAUCCUAUAUUGCAUGGGCUGGUGAUGAGGCUUUAGUUUAUAUUACAACGGAUGAAACUCACCGGCCUGACAAGGCAUGGUUACAUAAGUUGGGAACAGAACAGUCAUGUGACUCGUGCCUCUAUCAUGAAAAGGAUGAUAUGUUUUCUCUUGACCUUCAACCUUCUGAGAGCCAAAAAUUCUUAUUUGUUGGAUCUAAAAGUAAAAUUACAAGAUUCAGCUUUUACCUUGAUAUUGCAAAGCUUGAAGAUGGGCUUGUGGUUCUGACACCUCGUAUAAAUGGCAUUAAUACAUUUGAUAUACAACUUUUUAGUGAUCACCUUGUUGUAUAUGAGCGUGAAGAGGGUCUACCAAAAGUCACUAUCUAUGACCUUCCAGAUGUUGGACAACCGCUUAAGAGCCUUCACGGUGGUCAAGCUGUUAAUUUUUUGGAUCCCACAUACACUGUGGAUCAAUCAGAAUCAGAAUUUUCUUCCAGAAUUUUAAGAUUUUCUUAUAGCUCGAUGAAAACGCCUCCGUCUGUAUAUGAUUAUGAUAUGAAGACAGGCAUUUCUGUUUUGAAGAAGAUCGAAACAGUUUUGGGAGGUUUUGAAGCAUCAAAUUAUGUUACUGAAAGGAAAUGGGCUAGUGCUCCAGAUGGUACUCAGAUUCCAAUAUCAAUUGUUUACAGGAAGGAUCUCAUAAAACUUGAUGGAUCGGAUCCAUUGCUACUCUAUGGCUAUGGCUCCUAUGAGUUCAGUAAUUCUUGUGCAAAUACGUUGAAGUUUGUCAGUGGUCCUUUUGGCGUCUUUCUUCUACAGGCCUGCAUGGAUCCCAGUUUUAAAGCUGCAAGGCUGUCUAUGCUGGAUCGUGGUUUUAUUUCUGCUACAGCUCACAUUCGUGGGGGUGGUGAAAUGGGGAGUCAGUGGUAUGAGAAUGGAAAGUUACUAAAGAAGAAAAAUACUUUUACCGAUUUUAUUGCUUGUGCUGAGUAUUUGAUAGAAAAGAAGUACUGUUCAAAAGCAAGAUUAUGCAUUGAUGGAGGGAGUGCAGGUGGAUUGCUUAUUGGUGCUGUUCUUAAUAUGAGGCCUGAUUUGUUCAAGGCUGCUGUUGCUGAAGUGCCCUUUGUUGAUGUUCUGACGACAAUGCUUGAUCCAACUAUCCCUCUCACAACUUCAGAGUGGGAGGAAUGGGGUGAUCCACGUAAAGAGGAGUUCUACUUUUACAUGAAGUCGUAUUCCCCUGUUGAUAAUGUUAAGGCUCAAGAUUAUCCAACCAUUCUUGUUACUGCUGGUCUAAAUGAGGACUUCAUGGGUAGGGCUUAUUGGAUGUUGGUGGCUGAUCCCAUGGAUGAGACUCAGCUGUAUCCACGUGUGAUGUAUUCAGAACCUGCUAAAUUUGUGGCAAAACUAAGGGAUAUGAAGACUGAUAAAAACAUCAUUAUGUUUAAAUGUGAAUUUGGUGCUGGCCAUUCUUCAAAGUCGGGGAGAUUUGAGAAGCUUCAAGAAGUUGCCUUCGCAUAUACCUUCAUUAUGAAGGCUCUGGAUAUGGUUCCUGCCCAAGGAUCUGGGCUGAAUUAA